UGGUUUUCUUGUGUCACGACGGAUCGCACACCAACCAUGGAACUUUUCCUGUUCCUGUCUGUAAUAUGACUGCCUUCUCUUCUUCAGUCAUGAGGGGCAGUUCUCUCUUCCAGCAGCCAUUGAGCUGCGACCGUGCUGGCGUAGAUGACGUAUGACCAUGAGAGGAGAACCACAGACAAAAACACCUGACAAAUGCAACAAAGCAGAGAUCCUCGGCGAAGCGUAAUCCGUUGUCUCGUAGGAAGGAGGAAUUCUUUGCAGCGGCCCAAAUUGCAGGUCUGUGCACCCGGGAGGAAAACUGCAGCAAAACACACCUGUUACCUUUCGGUUUCUUCAUUCCAACGCGGUGCACGGUGUCGAUAACAUUGGGGAACCGUUCAGCAUCGGACGGCAGCAGAGCCUGGCAAACUCGGAUCACCUCUUCACGUAAAACUCUUUCCUCCACACGCUCGGCCACACCGUGCAGUCUCAAGUUCCAUCGUCUUGAAUAUCUCUCCAUCUCGGUGAUGCGUUCUUGAAGUGUAUUGAUUAGCUUCUUGUCCCCCUCCACAGCCCGUUCCAGCCCAGACACUCUCCCCAUAAUCUCGCUUACUUGUUUGCAAAUUUGUUCCACUUUGGCAUUUCCGCUAGCAAUUUGAAUAGCAUUGGCCUGGAUCAACUUUUUCAACUCCUCCGAGCGGGCCUCCGAGCGGGCGCUAAGCUCAUCCGAGCGAGCAUUAAUUAGCGCGGAUAGCGUAGCAACAAUGUCACUGUUGUCCAUUUCAUCUUUACCUUUCUAUGUGGGAGGCUUCUCCGGUGUUACUGGUAGGGAAGGGAGAUUUUAUUCAUUAAUGAGAUGCACUUUCAUGCUGUUUCCACCGAUGAAAUAGUCAUGGCAGUUCUUGAAUAGCAAGUUUGAAUGUCCGGUUGUAUCGUUAUCCGCCAUUUUCUUCGCCAUACCUUUCCUUUUCGAGCCAGAAGACAUCGCCAAAGUUCAAAGAAGCAGUCGUCAAAGUCCAGCCAAAAGUAUCACAAAAUGAUCCAAAUACUAUAAAUAAACUAUUCAGGCUUUUUAUAAUUAUGCACGACCAGUUUUUGCAAGGUUAUAAUCCUUUUUUUGGAUGCUGCUCCCGCAUGUAGGACCGUUCACGGCGCCAUCUUGGAUCCUCCGAUGUUAUGGAUUUUAUAGGAAUUGAAUCGCUCUAAAGUGACGUCACAUCUUCUCCGGGUUCUUGUCGGUGGGUCGCACGUUGCCAAUAUUUGCCACAGCGCUGCUCUGUGUUCAGGCCUUUCAUUGCAUUAUUUUAUUUUAUUGAAUAAUGAUCAUUUUAUAUAUUCAUAUACAAACACAUUGACGCAAUUCCAAUACAAUACAAUUUAACAUUGUUCUAAUGUUCCAGAUCAGGCCGAAUAAAUACCAUGAUGAAUCAAAUUCAAACAAGUCUCAUGCAAAAAAAAACGGUUUGAUUGAUUGAUUGAUUAAUUGAUUGAUUGAUUGAAACUUUUAUUAGUAAUUUGCACAGUCCGGUACAUAUUCCGUACACCCGAAAAAGUUUUUCAACUUGUUUAAGUCGGGGUCCACGUUAAUCAAUUCAUGGUUACAAGUAAAAGUAAAUAUGACACUGUAAGUUCUUCCACAUUUGUUGUUCUUGCCUGCUGCUAACUCACGCCAAGAGAUGUUUCUUAACUUUAUUUGCUGUUUAGUCUUUUUUAAAUCUAUCAAAUUGUCUGUUUAUAUAUAUAUUUGUGUGUGUGUGUGUGUGUGUGUGUGUGAGUGUGCGUGUCUGUGUAUGAGAGUGUGUGUGUGCGUGCGUGUGCGAACGAAGGUCAAGUCCAAAGGUCACCCAUGCACAGUCAAGUGUGUGUUUGUCCCAACAAAAUCAAUGUGUGUGUGUUAAUGCGUCUGAGUGUGUGAAUACGUGUUGUGGUCGACAUGGGCACAAUGUGGCGGAGGGUGCUGCUUCGCUGCCUGCUGCUGUUGGCCAUCCCGGCAUUGCUGGUGUUAGUCGCGUGGCUCCCUCAGGGUGACGUGGCAGACUGUGGCUCCACCUUCUUUCCGUGUGUGACGACGUACUGGAGAAGGCCUCCAGUGGUGGCCGAGAAGGAGUUGGCCCCACCUCUCAUCCACGAGUGUCCUGAUCAAUUGUUUCAGACAUGGCGUCUGCUGCACUUUUUGACAUUGAGUGUUAGCGUUGGCAACGACAUCCUGCUGGAGCCGUACCUGCAGAGCUGGGAUCAGCUAAUUCUUUUCAUGGAGUCCUUGGGACCAGUGGUUAACUUCUUCUCUCAGAAGGUCAGUGACAAGGUGGCGUUAAUCCGGCAGCUGGCUCGCCAACACCAGGAGCGUGGACCGGAGAGCGGGGCAUACCGCUCGGUGCGCUCCAUGGUGGAGGCGGAGCUAAAGGAAGGGGUGGUUCACUUUUCGCGCCACACGGAUUCGGGCUGCAGGACACUGCUGCGUUUGCAUAGGUCGUUACUGUGGCUCGCCCUGACACUGGACGGACUGACGCACACGCCAGACGCCCUUGGGCGCCUCAAGACACCGGGCGAGCUCAGCAGGGAAGCCUACCAAACAGCGCUGGCCCCCCAUCACCCGUGGAUGCUGCGACAGGCGGCCGAGUUUGUCUUCCUUGCCCUACCCGACAGGGAGCAUUUCUUGCGGCUGGUGUGCGUGCAGAGCCAGCAGGAGGCGGAGCCCGUCCUGCGCGUCAUCAUUCGCGCUUUACAGCUGGUCUACAGCAGAACUCAGCGGAUUCUAGAACAGAACGGAAUGCUGGAGCUGCCAUAAACGUGUCCAGGUCACAUGACCUACAAACGACAACAGGCACAUGGAGCAAAUUGGCUCUGAGUCCUCCAGGAUCCGUUUGGUUCACAUGAGUUUGUGUCUGUCAAAUACCUUCUUCAAACUCUUCCCCUCUGAUUAGUUUUCGUCACAGUAAAUCAGCCACACACAAUGUAUUGCUGUAUGUUUCUAAAUUGUAACUUCACUGUAAACUAUUAAUUUAAUGUUGUGUAUAUGCUGUACGUCGCCAGCAACAGCGGCUGUAUUUCCUUUUCAUCCGUGUUUGAAAGUUGCAGAAAUAAUUCAUAUUUUCAUAUAAGUUGUUUACAUUCAGACAAAGCAAGCGCAAAAAUAUCUUUUGGAGAUGUGGCCAUCAUGGUUUUCCGAGAUUGUAACAUGAACGCUCACAACUCGGGUGUAAUGUCAUUCCUAUAGCUCUGACUUCUCACUUCCGAGGUGAAUGGAAUGCAGCAUAACUGUAGAUAAACAAUCAUGCUUCCCACCUGGAUAGUAGAAUGACAAGGACAUUUUCUGGCAAGUUGGUACAUUUUGACAGCCAAUUAAGACCCGGUAAUGGUGAGAAUGCCACAUUCUUCAUCUUGAUAGGAAUAUAGGAAAGUCCCAGCAGUCGGCAUAUUAAUCACAGCAGACAUUGCACAGUAAGUGAUUUUGUAUCAUGUUUGUUGGCGCUCAUGAAGUCUGCAGUGAGUAGUAAUCAGUGAUGUUGAAAAAAAAGCGAACAUUGUGAUGCGUUUUUGUAAAGAAUGCGCCGCGUAUGCUUAAAAUUUUAAAAUAUGUAAAUAUGAAAUGUUAUUAUAAAUGUAGCCAUUACUACGUUAAAUAUUUACUUACACCAUGUAUAUAAAACCUUAAUGGAGGUGUUUGGAUGUUUUUAGGGGCUGUAUAUGCAGAAAAGAACGACUUCUAUAGACUCCAUUGUAAGUGGACUUUUGAUCGCAUUUAGUUAGGCCAGUGGUUAUCAACCUUUUUUCAGUGAUGUACCCCCUGUGAACAUUUUUUUAAUUCAAGUAUCCCCUAAUCAGAGCGAAGCAUUUUUGGUUGAAAAAAAGAAAUAAAUAAGUAAAAUACA